GGGUGUCGGCUUGCAUCUCUGUCCAGCUUGUCCGUUCCGGUUCGGAGUUGCACUGUACACGACUCACUACUAGUUUCCUGCGAUCGGUGUUACUCCUCGUUCUGAAGCCCACGGGAAGAGCGGGAUGUGGGAGCGUACGCUUCAAGAUCUCAUCCGCGGCUUACGCGCUAAUAAGAAGGAUGAGGCCAAGUUCAUCGCGCAGGCUAUGGACGAGAUCAGGAAGGAGGUGAAAAGCAAGGACAUGGAGCUCAAGGCGGGCGCGAUCUUGAAGCUUACAUAUCUAGAUAUGCUUGGAUAUGAUAUGAGUUGGGCAUCUUUUCACGUCGUUGAGGUCAUGUCAUCACCCAAGAUACACCUCAAGAGCGUUGGUUAUCUGGGAGCUGGACAGUCUUUUGGUCCCGAAACCGACGUGCUCAUGCUCACCACCAAUCUCCUGAAAAAGGAUCUCAGCUCCCUGCCAGGCGAUGUUGCCAUUGCACUGAACGGUCUCUCCGACAUCGUCACCCCUGACUUGGGCAGGGACUUAUCGCAUGACCUUAUCUCCAUGAUGAACCACUCGCGGGCGCAUAUACGAAAACGAGCGAUCCUUGCACUAUAUAAAGUCUUCUUGCAAUACCCGGAAGCACGUCAGCAAGGUAUGACAAGGCUUCGGGAGAAACUGGAGGACCCUGAUCCCGGUGUGGUCGCGGCGACCAUCAACGUUUUAUGCGAGCUCGCGCGACAAAACCCGGCUGAUUACCUACCUCUGGCCCCACAAUUGUUCCAUCUUCUCACAUCGUCCUCCAACAACUGGAUGCUCAUUAAGAUAAUAAAGCUGUUCGGCGCCCUAUGUCCGCACGAACCGCGAUUGGUGAAGAAAUUGCAACCGCCGAUCACAGACCUCAUCACCAACACCCCUGCGAUUUCCCUCCUUUAUGAGUGCGUUCAUACGGCUAUCAUUGGAGGAAUGCUCCAUGGGCACAACGGCUACAGCCUGGCUCGAACAUGUGUGACGAAACUCGCCGCAUUCCUGCAGGAUCCGGAUCAAAAUCUCAAAUAUAUUGCACUUCUCGCGAUGGUCAAGAUUGUACCAACUCAUCCUAAUCUUGUGGCCGAGCACCAGGACUUGAUUCUCUCCAGCAUCGAUGACGAAGACAUUUCGAUACGAAUGAGAGCACUAGACCUGGUGUCUGCGAUGGUUAAUUCGUCCAACCUUCAAUCCAUCGUGCAACAACUGCUUUCGCACCUACUGAAACCCGAUCCAAUCAUACCGUCGGCGGCGCAGUCGCUUGCGCAUCACGUUUCCGGGACACCGAGGGCCGCCCAGUCACCGACCAAAUCGCCUGCCUAUCGAUUACUCCUUGUCCAACGGAUACUUGCUAUAGGAUCUCAGUCAACGUACGAAAACGUCACCGAUUUCGAAUGGUACCUUUCGGUUUUGAUUGACCUAGCGUAUGUUGCGAACGUCAAUAUUGGUUCUCAAAUCCGCGACCAACUCGUCGACAUCGCGGUCCGCGUGCGAGGGGCAAGAUCGUUUGCUGUGGGAUUAAUGGUCAAAUUGCUGAGCGACGAUACAUUCCUGAGAACAGCGGACGAGGAGGGAAGCUGUGCAGAGGUGCUCUGGGCUGCUGCUUGGAUAUGCGGCGAGUAUUGUAGCGAGCUGUCCGAGGCUCACAAGCUCCUGCCUUUCUUACUGCAACCCGGAUUGCGCAAGCUAUCUUCGGAGACAGUUGCCGUUUACCUGCAGAAUGCCUCGAAGGUCUUCGGAUUUUGGGCUGCGGAUACUGCAGAACGCUGGGAGGACGACGACCUGCCUCACGCCAAGAGCGUCGUGGACUCGACUAUCUCCGGGAUCGAAGAGUUUGUGAGUAGCCCCGACGUAGAAGUGCAAGAAAGAGCAGCAAAUAUAUAUCAACUCCUUGCGUUUGUUCGGGCUGACCUGGCCAGCUAUCGCAUACGCCCGCAGGAAGGGUUCGGUGCCCCGGAGCCCAGCAUAUCUGCAGACGAUGCGACUAGCGGCGAACCUCGCUUCCCCAAGAGUCUCAUGCUCAUCGGACCGCUGUUCUCGUCCUACGAACUCAACCCUGUCGCUCCCGAAGCGCAGGCCAGCGUACCCGUACCCGGUGGUCUAGACCUAGACGCUUGGUUUGUCCCUCCGCCGAGAAAGGAAGAACACGACGCUCAGGGCGAAGACGAGGCGGAGAUCGGUACCAAGGUCAAGAAAGUGAAGAAGAGCAAAGGCAAGGGAAAGGAACGAGAAGGGACGAGCACUAGAUCUGUGAAGAAGAAGCGUCGGAUUGAUGCACACGGUGAUGUGCUGACGCCGGCAGAACCGGAGGUGUUAACAGCAGACGAGCAGGCUGAGAUGGAGCGGAAGAAGGCAGAGCGUCUGGAGCGCCUGAGGGAUGAUCCGUACUAUAUCAUGGAUGGUCGACCCUCAACAUCCAAAGCUCAAGCCGAUGGCGUCGACGUGGAUUCAAUUCCAGUCGUCCGCUUGGAUGAUCUGCCAGUUUUGUUGCCACCAGCGCAGGAUAACCGACUGCCGGCGUUACGAAGCGCGGCACUGCGAUCUAACCCUGGGUCGUUCGUGGUCGAUAGGCAUGGAGAGAUGCCUGCUGGCGCCACUCCUCGGUCAUCAACGCCGAGAUCGACGACACCGUUGACGAACGAAUCUGCUUUCCCACCAACGCCUUCGGCGUUCCAGGAGUAUGUCGUGGCCGGCGACAUUGACGUGCCGCGCACGCCAGCACCCGAAGCCAUCAAGGUAACCCGGGCAAAGAAGAAGAGUUCGACCGGAAAGAAGAGGCAGAAGGCCGCGGUGAAGGAGGGCGCGGACGGCGACAGCACGCCAUCAAGUAUCAAGUGA